AUGAACUUUCAAAAUGAUUGCGCAGAUUUGGUGAAGAUGGUGUCCAGACCCAGAGAGAGGCCGUCAUUCGAGAUUAUACUUGAAGAGGUUGAGAAGUGCAAAAAGAAGUUUCAAGCGUUCUCCUUAACCCAUAUCCCAAGGACGAAAAACAAAAAGGCGGACAAGCUAGCACGGAGUGCUGGAGCUCAGACUUAUAAUGUAGAACGCGCCAACGCCGACUUAGAUCUCAGUAGCCUCGCGACCGCAGCUAACGAUGAGGACGAACGAAUCUGGUUCUCCGCCGUCCCAAAAGCUCUCCCCGACAAAACAUCGUCUCCCGCGCCCUGCAGGCUCCCUUCGAUGAGACAAACGAAGCUGGAUUCCGGUUCGCCCCCUUUCCGAAACCUGUCUCCGACUAACCACCGGUGCUCCGUCACCACAUCCUCCGCCGACAGUAGAUUUCUUACGGGCAUCAACUCAGAUACCUGA